AGAAGCACGAAAAGAGAAACGAGAGAAGAGGUGGAGAGCGUGCACACCGACCAUUGCAGCAGCAGGAGAGGCCUCCGACAACCCACAAAGCAAGGCGGAGGGAGGGUGCUCAUGCAAGCGCCUACUGCUCGUGCGCUUCCGAGUCUCCGCUGAGCACCGGCACGCAAGCCAGACAUGGCCUCGGGGCCGGGUGGCAGCAGCAGCAGCACCACUAGCAGCACCAGCAGCAAUCAGCAGCUCCUCGAGGAACUCUGGGCGAAGCUCGACGUCGAGAUCAAGGUCCGCGAUGGCGCCGAGAACCUGCUCCACGUCUUUGCGGCGGAGCACGACGGCGGCGGGCUUGCGUCUACGUCUUCGUCGCCCGCACAGCAACAACAGCAGCAGCAACAGGGUUUAGCAGGGCAACAGGAGCCCAACGGAUCGUUCAGCAGUAGCAGUACCAGCAGCACAGGCAGCACGAGCACAGGCACCAGUGGCGCCAACCGCGAGGCGCUCAAGAGGCAAGUCGAGAAGGAGCUCGAGGGUGCACGAGUCAGAAUUGCACUUCUGCAGACGCAGAUCGAGACGCUCGUCGAGCAUACCGAGACGCUGGACUUUGCUGCGUCGCCCUCGGCAGCUACCGAUGCGUCGGACCUCGGCAACGGCUUUACUUCGCUAGUACUGCAGCCGGUGGCGCACAGUGGGGAGGCAACGCCCACCGAGGGAUGCGCGACUCAAGGUCUGGCUUCACGGAGUCUUGCAGAGCAUAUGCACGCUAGCCCCGCGAGCUCGCCAACCUCGACACCAACCCGACCACAGCGAUCGACCUCUGGUGGUGCAGUAGCAGGGCCUGGUGCCAACGGAGGGGGCCUGGGCAUAGGUCUCGAUCCCACGGCGGCGGCAUCACCGCCAGCGCCACCUGGUCCACCGCUGCCGCCGUUUCUUCUUCGAGGAGGCACAGCGAAGGGCGAUACGGAGACCGGUGCACUGGGCGUCGACACAGGCCAGCAGCAGCACCCACCGUCGCUGCACAGGACGCAACAACUUCAGCAACAGCAGCAGCAGCAGCAGCAGCAGCAGCAACAACAACUUCAGCAGCAACAGCAGCAAAGCCACAAGGCGAGCCAUCUGUCGGCAGAGAAUGCCUUUGCCGUGCGAAGCCACGCCUUGGCUCUCAUGCACACCCUCCGUUCCCUCCAGGGAAGACCACCGUCGGGGCUGACUUCCGAAGCGACGGCGGCAGCGGCUUCAGCUCGCCCCGCCAUGGGUCCUCCAGUGACGCCAUCGAUGACGAGGACGGCCCAGCGAUCGCGAGCAGCUGCCUUGGCAAGUGGCAGGCCUGCCCACGUCCGCACCCCGAGCCAUGCUGGCGGGCUAGGAGACCUGCCGAGACGGCGCAUCGAGACCAUCUCUCGGCUCGUCACGGCGCUCAACAAGAAUGCCAGAGUGCGGUACGAGAUGCCGGCCGAGGAGCUCGUCUCCUGCGCAUUCCCGUGCCUCGCUGACCAGGCCGGCAAGGAGGUCAGGGCAUCGGCGUACCGGCUCAUCAGGCAUGCCCUGGUGCGACCGCCGUGGAGCCUCGUCAGGACAUGCCGAGCAAGGGGCCUGGAUCUCUACCUCGUUCGCUCCUUUCUCAGAGACUCGAGAUUCGACGUGGAAAAGGAGCAGGCGCUCAAGCUCGUCCGCGCCAUCAUGGAGUGCGGCGUUGGCAGCCUGCCCGACCAGGGAGAUCUCGUCAGCCUGUCGGUGAUCAGAGCCCUGAUUGCGGGGGCAGAGCACAGCGAGGAGAACCUCAAGCGUCUCUACGUCGAGACGCUGGCCGAGCUGGCCGUCUACGAUCUGCCGCUCCUCAUUCGCGGCGGCGGUCUGCGCACGGUUCUGCAGGCCCUCCAGGAUGGCCAGCCCGAGUUGGCACCCUCGCUCAUGUCGCUGCUCCUCGUCUUGGCCGACUCGCCCCAUACGCGCUCCUUCUUUCGACCCGGCUUUGACCUCGAGGCUGCGCUCUCGGGCUUGACGGAUGUGCCCACGCAGACUGGCGCCGUGUACGAAGAGAUGCUGAGGAGCACCGCCAUGACUGUCUCUGUCAUGCUUCGAUCCUGGACUGGCCUCCUCUACCUGUGCAUGCACGACAAGCGCGCCAUCCGCUCUGUGGUCCUGGCCCUGCGCGUGAAUGGUGUCGAGGUGCAGGACAAGAUCAUGGACACGCUCUACGACCUCUUGACCAUUCGAACGGCCACCACUUCCAACCUCUCUACCGCUCGACAAUCAGCUUCCAACUCGUCAACCUCCCUUGUCAACAGCACAACAUCGGCAAAAGACUCGUCGAAUCGCCACCAGCGAUACCCGCCCGAAGGCUCUCAAUGGGUCACUGGCGAUGCCCUGGGUGGCAAGCUGAACCUCUACGACCACUACCUCGCCCUGGUCCUCAUCAUCUUUAUCGAUGCGGGCUUGGUGGAUGCCCUGGUCCACAUCCUCGAGCAUCAGGGAAGCAGCGACGUGACGCGAAAGGCGACGCUCGUCAUGGGUCAGGUCCUCCAAGUGGCCAACCGAGUCCUGCCGAGGGACUACACGGUCAAGGUCCACUCCUUGCCCCAUCUUUUUUCGCUCGCCUCCAAAUUUGACCACAGCCAGAGCGAGGACCGGCAGAGGGCUACAUCGGCAUUGGCGGCUAUCGAUGGCUACCAGCGCGACAGGGCGAGGUCGGUUGGUACUGGCGACCAGAAUGCAGGCGGGCUCAGAUCGAGAUUGAAUGGCCGGACAGGAGGCAACGCAGCAGCGAUGGCGGCCACGACGACGUCCGCGGCGGCCGCAGCCACUGCAGCUUAUGUUGAUGGAGCAGGCUCCUCUCUCAAUGGCUCAAACAAUGCCACGCUGACGGGAACGGGUGCUGGACUAGGCGCAGGAGGGGCAGGUCCGGGCUACGGCAUGGCGCCUGGCUCUGCCACGCUCACGCCAGCAGGCCUCGCGGAUGUGGACAACGGCCUGUUUGAAGGAGGCGCCAGCACGAUUGGAAUGACAGGCGCAUCGACUUCGCCAGGACCCUCUGCGACCAAUGGCAAUGUUCCAGGCUCAUCGCCGACGAACAACGGCUCGGUCCAUCGCGAGCGGUCAAACUCGAUGGAGGACGCGAUUCGGCGGGGUCAGAGACAGGUCGAGAACACAAAGCUUCGAACGGCGAUGCAGGUCGACGACAACACUUUCCGACAGAUGCUUCUCGAGACGCAGGUACUGAGCACAAAGGACUAUACCAAGUGGAGCUACGAAACGUUAAGCACCCUGUUCGAAGGCACACUCUUCAACGCAAAGAGGCUCGAGGAGGCCAUGCGCGGAUCCAAAUUCGUGCGCAGGUUCCUCGCCUUUUACCACCCAUUUACCAUGCGCUUUCCGACGGUGCCCAAGACGGCCAACAACCUGAGGUACACAAAGCUGGGAUGCAUGACGAUCAAUGUUCUCCUGUCGCACCAGGAGGGCAUCCGGUUCCUGGGCGAGGAUAAGCUGUUGCGCGAGAUCCGAGAUUGCCUCGAGCAGCUCCUACCGAACUCUUCGGCAUCGAUUGUUGCUGCGGCGAUGAGGCCGGUCAUGUCCAAGGAGAGCAUCGAGACGACGCUGACGAGCGGCUAUUUCGACAUGCUCGGCGUCAUGACGAGGUCCAGCGAGGGUGUGGGUCUGCUGGGGCGCUUUCGCAUCUUCUCGGCCUUGCAUCGCCUCAUUGAUCUGCCGGGGCGCGACGACCUUGUCCGGCUCGUCAUCAAGCAUUUUGACUUUACCGUCGAGGGGCACGGACGUGUGCUCUUGGCCAAGAUUGCGACGGCGACUUCGAAACCGAUGCGGCUCUUGGCGACCCGAUCCAUUGCCGCUAUGAUCAUCCAGGCAGCACUCGGAGGCGGAGUCGGCGCCAGCGGUGCCUCAGCAAAAGCUGGUGGUGGUUCCGCCUCCUCGGCGGGCACGGCCGCUGCGGUGGGCAGUGGUGCUGACGACAGCGAGGGGCCAAGCGACUGGCUCGUCAAAAUGCUCGUUACGCAGCUCUAUGACAUCUCCAGAGAGGUCCGAGAGCAGGCCGCCAAAGCCCUCCUCGACGUCUGCACCACGUCAAGGAGUGUGCUAGAGACUGUCGUCUCGAUGCGGCCGACGCUGGACCACCUGGGAGAGACGUCGCACCCGCUCCUGCUCACUUUUCUGUCCACAUCAAAGGGCAUGCAGUACCUCUUGCAGAGCGACUACAUCGAUCGAGAGAUGGACGAAUGGUUUAACGAGCGCAACCAGCGCUACGUCGUUCAGCUCGAGAUCCUCCUUGCCCGAGGCUUUCACAUUGACAGGAGCCGGGACGACGCGGCCCUGGCCUCCAUCUUUGAUGGGACUGUUCCCGCGCAUUUCUAUGGGGAGCUGGCAAAGACGAAGGAAGGUUGCGACAUUCUUGCCAAGAAGGGCCACUUUGUCGAAUUUGCCCAUUUCAUCCGACAGCACGGCCUGGAGGACAGCGAUGCCGAGGUGCUUGCGAAGCUCAAGAGUGUGCUGUGGGCCGUGGGCAACAUCGGGGCGACAGAGGGCGGAUUUCCGUUCCUCGAAGCCGAAGAUGUCGUGGAGAUGAUCGUCUUCAUCGCAGAGAACUCCGAGGUGCUUUCGAUCCGUGGCACCUGUUUCUUUGUCCUCGGGCUUGUCUCGUCGACGCAGAGAGGGGCAGAGAUGCUUCACGAUUUUGGAUGGCAGUCGUGCCAGCAAUCGCUUGGUCAUUGCUCUGCGCCACGUACGUCGCGUCAGCGAGCACAGACCGGUCCCGACGUCGUGGGAUCUGCGCACUAUGAGGAGGUCACCGCUGUUUGCUUGCCUCUGGACGUUGACGCCUUUGUGACGAUCCCGCCGUGGAAGGUGAAGGCGAGUCUCGAUCUGUCGUACCUCGACCUGAUUGCCCCAGAGACACGAGCCGAGCGGCAUAUCAUGGAGUCGAUUUCGAACCUGGGCAACUCAAUCCUGGCCAACAAGGCCUCGCGGACGCUGGCCAAGCUCAAGCAGCGCCACAAGCGAAGGUUCCUCGAUGACCCGAGGCUGUUUGCGAGGGCGCUGGAUCUGCUCGAUAGCCACCAUCUGAGGCAGCCGGUCAGACGGUACAUCUGGGAGCUGUUUGAGGUCCGCUUGGAUCAGGCCACCGUCGACGGGAUCCUCGAUGCGAAGAAAAGACUGGUGGAGAGGUCCCAUCACUCUGCAAGGCGGCACCACGGAAGCGAGUCCAAGAGGACGCAGCAUGCUCAUGUUCGGGCUGCUUCCUCGGGCGGAACACCAUUGGCAUCGAGCCCGCUUACUGGUGCGACGCGACAGCUGGGUGCAACGCUUCGAGGGAGCGGUGCUGAUCUGCCAAAGACGCACAAGAAGAGGACACUGUCCACGGCGGCCGCGGCGGCGAGAGCUCCACCUUCUCCGUCUAUGGCGGCUGGAAGCUUGCUUCAGCCCUCGCCGAUGGAGCAGGCAGGCGAAGCUGCCACGGGUGCUGCAGAGGGAUCCGUCAGUUCCGCUGAUGCUGCGACGAGAAAGAGAUCCGGAGACGAGGUGCUGCCCACUGGAGACCUUCAUGAUGAGGAUGAAGGCGAUGUGCUCGAUGAUGACGAGUCGUCCUCCGAGGAUGAUGAGGAACGACAAGAUGUCGUCGAGGGCGCCGUCGAGGAAGAUUCGUCCACGUCUAAGUCGUCCAACGAGGAGGAGGAAGAGGACGAUGAUGCGGGAGGAAAUCUGCAGCAACUCGCCUUCAACCAAGAUUUGAAAGCCAAAACGACGACAGAAGUCGACGCCUCAGCGGCUGCAGAGAAUAAAUUGCAGCUGCCCGUUACCAGGCCCAGGAGGGCCGCCACGACUGAUGGAACAAAGCUGACAUCGACCUCGUCUCAGCACUCGGAGGGAAACGACGCACUGGCAGCCCUCCAGGCCAAGCAGAGGAAGAGGGGCUUGACGACAGACGCUCCCCAGCCAUCGCCGAGAGGAAUGGGCCACCUGCCGAAGCUUCACCUUGAACCGAAGCGCAGAGUCAUCGGUGGCUUUGCAAGCCCCUUGACGCCCCCCGUCGACACAUUCAACUCCAACACACAGCCCUUCUUCUGAGAGGGAGAAGGUAUACCAUUUGACUUCAGCGAAGUCGCCAUUCUCACGUCAGGCAACGUGCCUUUCCCAUCUUUCCUUUGAAUGCCCCUCUCUUUCAUCCUGAAAGGUCCUUUCUGCCUCUUGUGUGCUCCUGCUACAUUUCCACAAAAUGCCUCGAUAUCCUUUCUCCCCCUCAUCUUCACUUUUGGAGGCUUCGCUCGCCAUUGUAACACUGUACAAGUACUUUCCCAAGUCGAUCACUUUCGCCCC